AACCUCUGUUCCUUUCAGUACACUGUGCAAUUUGAACGGCUUAGUACAUUUUUAUGUUUGUAAUGUAUUUGUAUAAAUAAAAAUCUUACUGCGCGCGCUUCAGUCUACUUCAGUUAGUGAUGAAAUCAUUUAUUUUCAUUAAUUUAAUUUAAUAAUAAUGUUAUUAAAAUAAAUUACGACAGUUGAAUGAAACUUAGUGUUUAACGGUAGCUAGUGAAAAUUAGUUUUGCAUGUGGAUAGACACUAAAUUAAUUUAAAAAGGUGACAGCUUGCUUGCCGCAAAUUGUUACCGAGUAGUAGUGACUUUCGAAGCAAGUGGAGUGAAGUGUGUGAUAAGUGAGAUUUAACUUAUAGUGUGCGAAGUGAUAGACUAUUUUCAAAAUGUCCGGUUUCGUUAAAAUAGCUAUCGACGACUAUUACUCGGACAACAACUGGACUACCAUUAUCAAUAAAUAUUGGAUGCUAGCUGAAAGAGUCUCAGAUCCCCGAGUACAAGGAUGGUUCCUGUUCGACACACCCCUAGCGACCUUAGUGAUGGUCAUCAUAUACCUUGCCUUCGUCAUGGUGGCCGGCCCACAAUGGAUGGCGAACAGAAAACCAUUCCGGAUAAAGAACGUCUUAGUCGGUUACAACGCUGGACAAGUUUUACUGUCAUUGUAUAUGUUUUAUGAGCACUUAAUGUCAGGCUGGUGGGCCGACUACAGCCUCACGUGUCAGCCGGUGGACUACAGUGACAGUGACAAGGCGAGACGGAUGCUUCAUCUAUGCUGGGUGUACUAUUUCUCGAAACUAUCCGAAUUCGCAGAUACGAUAUUCUUCGUGCUCAGAAAAAAGAAGAGUCAGAUAACUUGGCUCCAUCUCUACCAUCAUUCCCUCACGCCGUUUGAGGCGUGGCUGCUUGUCAAAUUUAUUGCGGGUGGUCACGGAACGUUCUCGAACAUCGUCAACAACCUGGUCCACGUGAUCAUGUACAGCUACUACAUGAUGGCCGCCAUGGGCCCGCAGUACCAGAAGUACCUGUGGUGGAAGAAGCACCUCACCACACUGCAACUAAUCCAAUUUUUCAUGGUGCUGUUCCAUUCAAUAAGUGCUCUAGUAUACGACUGCGGUUAUCCAAAAAUCAUCGCAUCCGGUCUGAUUCUACAUUCGUCCAUUUUCAUCGUACUCUUCACAAACUUCUAUAUUCAAGCAUAUAGGAGAGAGAAACCGAAACUUAAAGUUGAUGCUUGUAAUAAUAACAUCAAUAAUACUACUAGUAAUGGCUACAUCGCAAAUGGGCAUGCGAAAACCAAUGGACAUAGCAUUGGCCAUGUUACAACCAAUGGCUAUGCAACUGCAAAUGGCCACGCCACAAUGAAUGGCCAUGCGAUUUCAAAUGGACAUGUCACAGCCAAUGGCCAUGCCACAGCCAAUGGCCAUAUCACAUCCAAUGGUCACGCCACAAUGAACGGCCAUGCUAUCACCGAGACAAGUAUAACGAACGGAUACGCCAACGGUCACAUUGCAAAAGAAAAAGUGCAUUAGUCUGAUGAUUUUACUUUUAAAGACAAUGUCAAAGUGAUUAAUAAAAGACUUUUGUAAAUAUUUUUAAAAGAAACGAGCGGUACAAAGACUUUGUUACUGAAUGGUAUGACAAUAGAUCUUUUAAAAGACAAAUAAGUUUAAAUGCUCAAAGCAUCGAGUGAGCUGGGUCCCCAGUCCCAACGCGAAUAAAUUGGACAAGUUUAAAUACAAUCUAUUUUCUGUUAGCACUGCUUGAAACUAUAAUUAAUAUAAUAAAAAGUCAAGCAAAAUCAAAAAGUCAAAUCAUGUACCUAUCGAUGUGGGGAUCCAGCAUAAGUUUUUGAGUAACCAAAGCUUUAGUUGAAUUUGCGCUUAAGUCGAAUUUCCAUACUGAACUAAAGCUAUUAAAUAACUUGCUUAAAUAAGCUGCAAUAAUUAAUUAAUGAAGAAAAUACGAAAUCUUGUUUUUACUACAACGUAAACGCUUUCACUAGUGAACGGUAGAAUUCACUCAAAAAGACACAAGCGAGACAUAAAUAAAUAGUGAUAAGAUGGCUCAUGUAAUAAAUGAAAUAUCUACGUAAGAGAAAAACAUAUUAUGCUUUUUGAAAGGUAUUGCAUAAUACAAAAUUACUGUAAACAACCAGAAAAAAUGUAUGCGACCAAGUUACUUUUACAUAAUGAAAAUUGGCCGUAAACUUAGUGUAGUGGUUUUGAUUUAAGCUAGCUCAAAUCCAACGAUAAAUGUGCUUUAAAAUUGUGUAUUAAUGUAUAUAGGCCAAGGUAUUAUAAAAUUUGUAGAAUUUCUCGCAACACCUCCCAAAGAAGUUUUUACGUAAAGAAAAUUAGUCUCGCUACUUUUCAUAGAAUAGAAUAGAUUUUUAUUCAA